CGCCAUCUUGAAUUCCGCUCACUGAGAGCCGCGGCGAGUCGCGGCGAGCACGUACCGGUCCGCGCGCGAACCUAACGCGACAAUAUUUGUGUUUUCAAGUGAUUCAGUGUGAUGUUGUGAUAGUGCAGUGACGAAAUGGAGUCGACGCCGAUAUGUCGGUGCCGCGUGCUCUACCUCGGCUCGGCCGUGCCGCAGCAGAGCAAGGACGGACUGCAAGGCAUCCAGGAACCGCUGCGCGAGCUGUACCCGGACAAGGGCGCCACGAGCGGCGGCAUCGACUCGUGGCUGUCCGUGUGGUCCAACGGCAUCCUGCUGGAGAACAUCGACGAGAGCGGCUCCCGCGUGGCGCGCUUCUUCCCCAUCUCCAGCCUGCACUACUGCGCCGCAGUGCGCCGCGUGACGGUGGAGGCGGCGCCGCGCUUCCUGCCGCUGGACUCGCCCUUCGCCCGCGCGCCGGCGCCGCGCCGCCCGCCGCUGUUCGCGGCCGUGCUGCGCCGCACGCAGGGCAUCAAGGUGCUGGAGUGCCACGCCUUCAUCUGCCGCCGCGAGGCCGCCGCCAACGCGCUCGUGCGCUGCUGCUUCCACGCGUACGCCGACAGCUCCUACGCCAAGCGCCUCGAGGCCGAGCGGGCGCCCUCGCACCUGCCGCCCGAUCCUGACGAGGAGCUGGAGGCCUACGACGGCGACGAGAACCACAAGGUGUGGGUCGGAGACGCCGAGCGCGACGAUGCUAGCGACGACAUCCCGCACCCCGCGCGUGCGCCGCGCCCCCGACAGAUCACACGACCUGCCUCCGUGCCGCCACCGCCGCCGCCGCCCGAGGAGCCUAAGAAGAAGACCGCCACCGCUAAGAAGACGAAAAAGAAGUCUUCGGCAUCAGCUGAUGAGUUAUACGCGGGGCCAGCGCCUAUGAUGAACGGGCGGUCGCUGGGCCGAGCGCCGCCGGCCUGGGCCGCCGCACAUCCCAUGGUACUAGUGGCACAUCCCGCCGCUACGCUGCCUCACGCUCGCCCAGCGACACUGGGUCACCGGGGCCGCGUGCCGGCCGCGCUGGCCGCGGGGCCCUUCCCGCCGGGGCCGCCGGGCCCCCCGGGCCCCGGGCGCGGGCGCCUGCAGUACGCGACGGUGGACCCGCGGCGCUCGAAGCCGCCGCCGGCCGCGAUGAAGGCGGCGCAGAGCAUGACGGGUCUGGAGGCGGUGGAGGACGCGGGCGGCAUCUACAGGAAGAAGGGCCAUCUGAACGAGCGCGCCUUCUCCUACAGCAUCCGACAGGAGCACCGCAGCAGGUCGCACGGCUCUCUCGCCAACCUGAAGUUUGCAGCUCCACCUGAGGUGGAGUCAGGUCGCGAAGAACUGAAGAAGGAGCGAGAGAUCAUGCAGCUGGUGGCGGGGCUACAGCUGGGCGAGGAGGAGCGGCGCGAGUUGCCGCACGUCAUGCGACAGAGACACGCGCCCAGAUAACACAACGCCACAACUGCAAGGGCGCCACCUGUCGGCUGAUGACGAAGCAGCGCGCCAUCGGAGCCAACACAUUUUACCUCGAUCACGAAAUAAACGAACACAACCAAAUAACUUGUGCACUCAAAUGACAACGAUCAACGUAAAACGGAACGUAACGCAACGUAACGUAACGUUGAAAAAAAACGUUAUUUUUUAAAGAUGCGUUUCGUUUUUGGAAUAAUUAGUUCUUUUGAUGACAUUUGAGUGAACGAUGAACAUUGAACUAUUUUGUAAUUUAAAACAAUGCUGGUCAACUGUUAUCAAUCUUUGUAUUGAAAACCAAAUCAGCCAUGAACAUUAAAAUGUCAUUCGUUAAACAACAUCGAGUACCAAGCCGUAAAACAAAAUAUAAUAACCCAAUUUCAAAAUACGAACGCGGCAUAACGAUCGUAGAAUCGAAUCGAGGUUCUGCUUAAUCGAUUUGUCACGAACGUUCUCGGGUUGUUUCCGAUUAUCGAUUAAUUACUUUAGAAAUCCGUACCUACGCUAAACAGGGUACCUAAGAAACUGUAAUUUAAUUAUUUCUAGUAAUUAAAUAUCGAUUUUUAUCUACGGAUGUUUAAGGAUCAUUAAAACGAUGAUUGCAUCAGAAAACGUUCGAGGCCGUGAAAGGGUCUGAGUUUAUUAAAUAAGUAAAAUUUAAAACGUUAUGUUGUUAAUAUCAUUUGUAUAUUUCAUUUUAAUAUCUUUAGCGGUUAAGAACACGUUUUAUAAUAUACUGUUUUGAUUCCAUGACGCGUAAUGAUAAAAAAAUCGUUAUGUCAUCCGCCAUAUUGCUUUUUAUCUGUCAAUUGUUAUAGUCAUUUAAUCGCUGAUGUAUAGUCUAUUAUGCUUAAUGUUAUGUUUUUUUUCUAUUUAUAACCAAGCAGUUUAUAUUAUUAUUGUCCACACUUAGAGAUCGGCACGAAAUCGUGACUUCUAAACCGAUAAUCUACAUUGAGCGACUAAAAACGCGUAUCAUCAAUGUAAGCUUUGUUGUGAAAAUAGUUAAAAAGUUUGCCUCCGAAAUGUAAAAAGGUUUUUAGCAUCUACCCAAGGCACUUUUCGCUCCCUUCUUUUCCAUUGAUCUUAUUUUCUAGUUUCAAACAUUUUCACUGCUUUAUUUAAAGAAGUACUUAGUUGCUAGUUAGUUUUUUUUCCAUAUCUGUCAAAGUCACCAUCUGUCUAAUUUUGUACAUAGGUGGUGCACAUACAAAACGUAACGAAAUAUGGAAGAUCUGGCAGCCAUGACCAAAAUAGUAUAUUACAAGACGUGUUCUUGACAUAAUUAUAUGCUAGUAAAUAAGCACUAUAUAGUCAUUUAUAUACCUAUUUAAUUGUGCCUUAAUAUCAGAGAGAAAUGUUUAAGUUAGUGUGUAUUCCGAUCUAAGAGAAAUAAGUCAAUCUUGUAAUUUUUGUUCAAUUGUUUUAGUCGGAAAGUUUACAUUCCAAAUGCACAUUCCAUAUGUAUAACGACAACCUUAUAUAAUGUGUAAUUUCACAAACGUUCUUUUUUCUUGAAAAAACUGUGUACUUGAAUAUUUAAUGCGAAAAUUAAGAAAAUUGACGUUUAUGCUGUCGGUGAAUUUUUGCCAGUAAAUAACAAGUUUGCGUUGUCAUGGCAACCGCUAUCACUUUCAAAUAAUAAUGCUAUAUGUCUGAAAAGGCACUGAAUGUACCUAAAACAAGAGUUUGAUAGAACGAGUGUACAAAACUUAUAUAUUAGUCAAGUAGAAGGGAAUAUUGUAAGCUGGUUUAUGUAGGGAAUAGGUAGAAAGAAAAUACUAGUUAGAGCCGAUAAAAAAUCCCAAAAAAACGGGACGAUUUAAGGCGUCAAAUAACUAGAAAUGUUCGCAAAAUGUUCUUCGUUGCAAGCAUUUGUUAUCACUUAAAAUAGCAAGGAACGAAUUGUAAUUUAAUAUUAUUCAUGUACUUAUAAUAACUUUUCACUGAACAUAGUAAAUUAUCAAAUGCUUUGAAUGUGUGAAAAUUGGUUUAGCGCCAUCUAUCGGAUGACGUUGAAAGCUAAGAUCAAGCAUUUACAAAGUACGUCAUGCAGUAAUUUAACUGAUUACUAUGUAAGACUUUAAAAAAAGAUAUAAUAUUUAAAAAAUAAUGUAAAUAGUAUAAAAACAUAUUUCGCAAAAAUAUAGUAAAUAAAUAUAAUUUUGUCAUCAUCAAAUAUUUUAGGCUAUGAGUGCCAUUAAAGUUUUAAUCAUUCCUAGUUUAUUUUUUAAUAUUUAAUUAUUAAGAUGGGCUUGCCUGUCAUUUGGGGGGCUUAGGGCUUCUUUUCACAAGUUAUCCAAGCUUUUUACUGAAUAA